AACAAUGCAGCCACGCUGGCCUUCUGCUGCUGCUAGCAGCUUUAAAUAUCUAACAAAUUAUUAACCUCUCCGUGCACUCAGCCCGCCGCCUGGUGUUUCUCCUCAGCGGGGUGACGUCCCGUCACUCCUGCGGUGAAUUCUCCCCCCGCUGUGCGCAUUCAUGCGUUUUUACGUGAGUGUUUCUCGGUGAGUUUACGGUGACGGCUGGAAAUGGAGACGGCUAACAGGCGUCUGCUGCUAGGUAGCCUGAGAGCGGCGGAGGGGAGCGGCUAAAUAAAACCAAAACAAAUACAGAUAUUUUUUCCCCGUAAAAAGGGGAGUGUAAACGCGAUACCUACGCCCCCGGAUAUUUUGCGUUUUAGCAUGGUGGAGUAGGAGGCUCCAGCGUUGACGCUAUCGGGCUCCUCCGACCUACCGACGCUCAGCUCGUUCUCACUCCGGGAAGCUCGUCAUGGCCCCGGGCUCGCUGGUGGCGGCCUGCCGCAGCCUGGCCCUCUCUACGUGGCUGCUCUCCUUCUGCUUUGUCCACCUGCUGUGCCUGGACUUCACCGUGGCCGAGAGGGAGGAGUGGUACACCGCCUUCGUCAACAUCACCUACGUGGACCCGGCCACCUCGGAGCUGCGCACCGAGAAGACGGAGUGCGGACGCUACGGCGAACAGUCCCCGAAGCGGGACACAAAGGGGCUGGUGGUCCUGCCCGCAGCACCGCUAGACCGCCACGCCUGCGACCCCAACACCCGCUUCGCAGUACCCGCUCAGGCCGGGGCCUGGGUGGCGCUCAUUGCCCGGGGCAACUGCACCUACAAGGAAAAGAUCCGCAACGCUGCAGCCCACAACGCCUCGGCGGUGGUCAUCUUUAACGUGGGCUCCACCAAUGCUAACGACACCAUCACCAUGCCCCACGCAGGUGUGGGUGAGGUGGUCGCCAUCAUGAUCCCAGAGCCGAAAGGUCGCGAGAUCGUUUCACUGCUGGAGCGAAAUGUGACGGUCACCAUGACGAUCACCAUCGGGACGAGGAACCUGCAGAAGUACGUGAGCAGGACGUCGGUGGUGUUCGUGUCCAUCUCCUUCAUCGUGCUGAUGAUCAUCUCCCUCGCCUGGCUCGUCUUCUACUACAUCCAGAGGUUCAGAUACGCCAACGCGCGAGACAGGAACCAGCGGCGUCUUGGUGACGCGGCGAAGAAAGCCAUCAGUAAGCUUCAGGUUCGCACCAUCAGGAAGGGCGACCAGGAGACGGAGGCCGACUUCGACAACUGCGCCGUCUGCAUCGAGGGCUACAAGGCCAACGACGUGGUCCGCAUCCUGCCCUGCAGACAUUUGUUUCACAAGAGCUGUGUGGAUCCGUGGCUGCUGGACCAUCGCACAUGUCCCAUGUGCAAGAUGAACAUCCUGAAAGCUCUGGGCAUUGCUCUGAAUGCAGACUGUCUGGACGACUUGCCUCUGGACUAUGACCUGGACCUGGGCCGUGUGAGUGGUGUAGGCGGAGUCGGGGCCCUGGAGGCUGUGGUGUCCGGUGCAUCCAGUGACGGCACGCUAAGCGAGGGCGGCUCCUCAGUGGUGCUGGACCCCGGCGUCCGGCGAGUGGGGCUCCCGCAGGACUACCAGGACCCAGACACCCUCAGGGACAGCCCUGUGACCGCCACUACAGACACCCACACAGGUGAGCUUCAGCCCAUGGCGAGCAGCGCCUCGGUGGCAUCAUUCGUCAUCGCUGUGGAAACGGGUUUGUCAGAUGAGGAAGGGUCCUUGGAGCAGCCUCGGUUGGGGGACAAGUCCUGAGAGCAGCACAGCAGAACCAAACCAGAACCGGCCUAAACCAGGCCCUGAUCAGGUCUCAGACCCAACUCUUGUUUUUGAAAAAAAAAAAAAAAAAAAAAAAACCCACUCGACCUGAGUUAGGCCCAGGAUCUGGUUCCAAUUGGAAGCUAAACCCAGAGCCAGCACCAGGGUUCUACUGGGCUUUUCUCCUUGGAUAUGUGAUUCAAGAUUUCACCAAACCGACUUGUCUGGACUGCCCAAGGUGGACCAGACAUAGUGGAACUCAGUUAAGUGGGUGUUUUCCAGUGUGUUUGCCUCACCUCUUUCCUCGGUCCUUGGUAUAACCAGGAUUUUUCUCCAGUGCAACUCAUUCUGCAGAUGUCUCGACGAAAUCCUAGAAAUCCUCACUUUCUUUAAAAAAAAAAAAAAAAAACUGACUCUUUUCUUGGUGUCUUACCCACCAUCCUGACAAGCUUCCAGUAUAAAUCCAGUCCUUCAGUUCAAAUACCGCCAAAUUUUUCGAGGAAUUUUUUUUUUUUUUUUUUUUUUUUCUGUUCCCUUAACUUGAAGGACUUUCGAGCAGCGGCAGGUUGUAUUUCUGUGAGCGAUGCAGACUGUGAAUAUACAUUAUGGUUUUGUUCUGUAACUUUUCUCUGGAUCUCUUGGAAUAUUCUGUUACCAGGUUUUCCCAGAUAGGAAAGCACAACAGCUAAACCAGUCAUGAUGGGCUGCUCGCUUCCCUUCUAGGUCUGGAUUAUCGGUAAACCUGUUAAUUCAGCUCAUUUUAAUUUGCCUGCCAACAAGGCAAGCCCUGUUUCUUCAUGUGUGUGAGGCAUCUGCGGUGGCUGACUUAUAUUUUGCAAUGGUAGACUUUUAUUUUGAAAAGACACACAAGCUACUCUGAGCAGUGGCUUUUUUCUGUCUGCUGGUGAUGGAAAGCAGUAGACUUGGCCAGGAAGUAUUACUACCAUAGUUUGAUUGCAGUAUUGAACAGCAACUACAUGGAGUAUUUUUUCCCCUCCUUUUCCCUGUCUGUGUUCUUCUUGGCUUCUUUAUCUUAACAACACUCUGACAGUAUUUAGUUUGGGUGCUGUCUGUCCACAGUUGGGUUUCCAAACAGGGUUCCUAUGUAUGACUGUAAGAGUGAUGACAUUUUGAAAAGUGUUCUUUGUAGUUUGCAAGGCUCCACAGAAAAUUAUAGGGUUGAACUAGUGUAGAGUUUCUGUAGAAAAAGUGCUUAUGGAGACCAGCUAAAGGGUAUGAAAACUCGCAACAAAUCAGCUUGGGUAUUCAGGUCAUUAGGAAAAAAUGGUUCUGAGACAUGCCAUCAUAAUGUAUCGGUCAUCUUUUGAAGUAUCUAAAAUACUUCCAGUGCUGAGCAGACACAUUUCUGUCAAUCCUGACAGAAAUGUUGACCUGAAAUAACAGUUUUAAACUGUCUGCAUGGCCAGAACCUGCAGCUUUUAUUCUCAAUGAAACACUCGAGGUGAACACGUCUGCCCUGGUCCGUUCUGUUCGCUCAGUUUCUGUAAAGUGGACAGAAAGACAGAAGAGGAGUCACAGAGUUCAGUCGUAUUUUGUAGCAGUGAGGGACGUGUUUUGGUCCACGUCAGAUAACGUUUUCCUGAUAGUCAUCAUACAGAAAGUCCAAUUAAUUUAUUUAUUAAAAGGGAUCUAAUGAAACCUUAGAUGUUAAACUAUUGCAGAUGGAAGUGGGAUAUUUUUGACAUACUUACUCAAACCCAUAACAACAAAAUGUAAGUGCAAUAAAGCUCAGUCUUGCGCGAUAGCAGUCAAAGGCAUUACUUUGGCCCACAUUGUGUCAAAUAAUGGUUUUAUUGGCAUAAGCCACUAGAAAAGUUUGAUUGUGGAACAGCUCAAGCUGUACCACCCAAAGUGCAUGAGAAGGGAAUAAGAGUAAAAGAUGUACAAACUCCAACACUGUUUGCUGUGUUCCUCUUAACUCGGAAGUUGGAGCUGGGAGUGAAGUCGCAUCCGACUUGAUCAUUUUCCAGUAGUAGUAGUUGGAAUAACAGGCUUGUUUUGCUCCCUAGGAGGGUAGAGUCACGCAGCCGUAAGCAGCAAUGCUUAGAGUACAACACAAUGUCUGUUAAGUGCUUAAAAAAAAAGCUGCAGCACAUUCUCGGAUAGAGGCUGAUGGUGGUUAUUUAGCAAGUCACAAAUGCACAACAGUGGCAGUAAAGAUUCCAAGUUCUCCAGUUACUGCUGUUUAUGUGCACUGCUGAUGUGACUUUUCCAACUUUCCGAGUGGAUAUCCGCCCUCAAAGCGAUGUUCCAACUGAAAAUUGCGAGUCUUCCGUUUCAGAUGGAAAGCAGCACGAGGCCGGUUCAUUGUGGCUUGUGGCAUUUGACGAACCCAUUCGUCUGAAACGGUAUUUGGAGUUUUGCACAUUUUGGAUCAACUCAGACUGUGAGAAAUUUUUGUUGCGAUAGUCUGAGAGGUAGAUCGUUGCUCGUUUGUGGAAUUAAUGGAGAAAUUCUAGCUAAUUGUAAAUUGAAAUGAGGUAUGAAAGACUGCCCAGCCUUUAGGCUACACAAUGGAAAGCCUUCCCUUGUCAUUCUUCCGUCGUCUUAACCUUCAAUAAGCAAACUUUCUGUGGUGGCAUCAACAUGCCACAUAAGAACCUUGUCUAUAGCCUUGCCUCGUUUUGUUGUUUGACUGUCCAGCCGUCUGUCCGUCUGCCCGUCUGCCUGACCACACGUGUCUGUUACCAUGGCCUCAUGCUGCCUUUUUUAUAGACACAUUUACCUUUAAACCCUGACAAUCAAGGAUCUGAUCCGUUACUUGCUAGUCAGGGAUCCUUUCUCUGAACUCUAGGAAACCUAAGAAGCGCUUUCAAAUCUGCAGUCUGCACGCCACACAGUAGGUGUUAGAUACAAUUAUUACUUCCACAAGUCAAGUAAACAUCACCACAUGCUGUGAAUAAAAGUACCCAGAAUAGAGAAACCCUGUCAGAGCUGUGGAAGGAGAUUUGUGGAAAUGCGUUUCACUUGGGAUGAAUUCGUCAGCUCAAAGCCGAACGUGUAAAUGAAUAAAAUGCAUAUUACAGCAGUUCACUUUGCCAUGUGGCGUCACUGUCGUUUUGUCGAACAAGUGCGCAGACUACGUAGGGCUGCGGUCACAUCGUGAUGUCGCCAGUGCCGUGAGCUUCCUGAAAAUGAGAGAGUUAAAAGAUUGUCGUCUAUUUUGAUACCAGAGGAGACGUUUAUUUUUGUAAAAAGACUGAUUUUUCUUCCCAUCCCCCCAUCUACCCAUCGCCUGGAUGAUUCUCAGUGAUUGAGUUUUGGCCAGGCUGUUGAUUAUUUGUAUAAUUGUACAUACACCCAGUUUGCAAAGAUUGAUGCUAUAAGCCUGAACUGUUGUUAUAAGCUUGUCCUUAAAGGUUUUGGGCUUGAUUUCUCUUCAUAUAUUUUUUUUCUUUCUUAAAUGUAGCCCAAUGAAAGCUGAGAGAAACGAGGCCAAGGGGCAGGCUGGAAAACCAGCGCUGCACUGGUCCACCAGGCAGACUGGACCAUAAAACCUGCAGUACUCAAACAAGGUUAAAGGUUUAAGUGUUGCUUUUACUGUUUAUCUGUGUUCUGAAAUAAUAAACAGGAAAUGCAAUUUGGACUUUUCUGAAGAACAGUUGAGUUUUGGGAAAUUCAAGCAAAUACAGAUUUGUAACAGAAACAAUGUGUUGCUGUUUCCGGUCCUCCCAGCCUCUUUUUCUUUCAGACUUUCAAGAAAACAGAAUUUAUGUUAUGAGAUCCUCCUUUACUUCCAAGGCUUCACCUUUCCCGUGUCUUCACAGUUCAGUUUCAAUCCUGAGGAUUAGCCCACACUAAGAUUAGUUGCCAAGUAUCCUGUAAACACUAGCUAAUUGAAACACUGCUAGAAUGGUGGAGGGCUCAUUUGCUGGUAACACGUGGAGAUGACUGAUUUUGUAUGCCUUGUCCUGGCCAAUUUUCAGUGAGAAAUGUUUCAAUUAAAGUUGCUUUGUGUUGUAAGCUUUAACUGCGCAUUGACAUUUGCACUUUUCAUUCUCUUACUGUGUGAAUGCUGCCACAUAGUGGACGUGAACUGAACUCGACCCUCCUUUGAAUCACUUUCUCUUCUUUUCUUCUGCAAGCAGAGACCGAGGCUGCUGUGGCACGAUGUUCCCCCAGAGAACUUCUAAUAUAAUUCUAACAUAUGUGACCCGAUCUGGCAAAAUGAGCCGCAAGUCACGAGGGCUUAUUUUUAGACCAGUAGCGUGUUGCGGGUCAUUUCCAGGUUUAUGGGAUGUUCUUGGCAACAAGGGAAAGCAAAAUGAAUGAGCUCUUAUUGGCUCAAUAAGAGUACUCAAAUCAUGUAAGCAAUCUCUCCUUUGUUGCUAAAUGACCCGCAAUAUGUUAUUGGUGUAAGAAUUGGCCCUCGCGACUUCAUUUUGCCGGAUCAGGUCACAUGUUCUGAUAUAAUUGGGAGGGGGCAGGGGCUCACAAUGGAGCCCUAUGAAGCUGCGGCUAUAAAUGUCAAUUUUCUCAGAUCAUUUUUUCUUCAAAUUUUCAAUAUUGUGCAGGUCCAUUUUUUUUUAAAGGGUUUUAGUUGUGAAAUAUAUUUCAAAUAUCAGUGCAAUAUUUUUUUCUUUUAAGCAUUAGAACCUUCAGGACAUCAUGAGCUGCUUUAUGACAUCUGAAAUUUAGAUAACAGGAAGCACCAGCUGAGUUUCCAGCAGCACCCUCAAACCCUACACCCGUAUUUUGGAAAACGUUGCUUAUUCUUUUGUUUUUGUCCUUUUGUCCUCACGUAAACAGCAUUUUAUGUCACCGAAAGCUUUCAGAAACUCCAUUUCAGCAUUUACAUGUGGACAAGAAAAAUUUAGAUUUUGUCUCCUGACAUCGAAGGUGUGCACUUUAAAUUUCCUCUUUUGAUGUCAGACUGCCUGCCAUGUUUGUAGGCUCCUGAUUGGCCAACUGUUCUGUUGUUCUGUUCUGUUCUGUUGGUCCUUCAAAAGUGAGAGAAUAAAACUUUUUCAGGA